AUACACUCAUUCUUUCAGAACUAAGUUAGUGUUACCAACACAGUACAUAGAAGUGUGUGUGUGUCUCUGUAGCAGACCAGUAAUGGCGGCAGCCUGAGUGACUACUCCUCGUCAGCCCUCCACCCCCAGCACCAGUCAGAAGGAGCUACGCAUCGACGUCCCCAGACCACCAACACCCCCACACCCGUCCGCAAGCAGUCCAAACGCCGCUCCAACUCUUCACUUCUCGGAAGGCCAGCGAGCCAGACAGGGACAAGAAAGGACUGGAGGGCCGAGCGGACAGCAUUGGAAGCGGCCGAGCUAUUCCAAUUAAGCAGGGCAUGCUUCUGAAGAGGAGUGGCAAGACCCUAAACAAGGAGUGGAAAAAAGAAGUACGUGACGUUGUGUGAUAAUGGCUGCUCACAUAUCACCCCAGCCUGCACGACUACAUGCAGAACGUCCAUGGGAAGGAGAUAGAUCUGUUGAGGACCACAGUGAAGGUCCCAGGGAAGAGGCCUCCCCGAGCGGUGUCUAGCUGUGCCGCUGUCCCCAGCCCGAAGACCAACGGCCUGGCCAAGGACAUGAGCAGUCUGCAGCUGGGACCUGGUGGCCCUGGCUCUGUGACCAGUAGUUUGUCAGCCUCUCAGAUGGCCAGUGGGAUCAGCUUGGUGUCCUUUAACAGUCGUGGGGACGGCAUGCACCAGAGAUCCUACUCCGUCUCCUCCGCCGACCAAUGGAGCGACGCCACCGUCAUCGCCAACUCAGGASUCAGCACAGACACGGGUCUGGGAGAGUCUGUGUGCUCCAGCCCCUCCAUCUCCAACACCACCAGCCCUAAGAUGGACCCCCCCCUCGCCGCACGCCAACCGCAAGAAGCACCGGCGGAAGAAGAGCACCAGCAACUUCAAAGCCGACGGCCUCUCUGGUACUGCGGAAGGUAACGCCAUCUCCCCUCC